GAAGCCGGAAGUGGCCCUGGCACUUCCGGUACAGGAAACUCCUUGCGGUCGCUGCCGCCCGUUUUGACAGGCGCGGUCCCUGCGAAUAGAUCUCUCCUUUUGCCUUCCUCUGGUCUAACCUCCACACUCAUUUGCAGCUGCCGUCCUGCAACUCCUGUCUCCGAAACCGCCCCUUCCCCAUGUUCCGGGGCAGGUGUCCUGAAAGCGAAGACCCUCUUGCCGGUACCCCAUCAUGUCCGAACUGACUAAAGAGCUGGUGGAGCUGGUGUGGGGCACCAAGAGCAGCCCCGGUCUCUCUGACACCAUUUUCUGCCGCUGGACACAAGGGUUUGUGUUUAGUGAAUCAGAGGGAUCUGCAUUAGAACAGUUUGAAGGUGGCCCCUGUGCUGUUAUUGCACCUGUUCAGGCAUUUCUUUUGAAGAAGCUCCUGUUUUCUUCUGAGAAGUCUUCUUGGAGGGAUUGCCCAGAGGAAGAGCAGAAGGAACUCCUUUGUCAUACCUUAUGUGAUAUUUUAGAAAGUGCUUGUGACAGCUCUGGGCCAUACUGCUUGGUUUCAUGGUUGAGAGGAAAGACAACUGAGGAAACUGCUAGUAUUUCUGGGAGUCCUGCAGAGUCUAGUUGCCAAGUGGAACAUUCUUCUGCCUUGGCUGUGGAAGAGCUUGGCUUUGAGCAAUUUCAUUCAUUAAUUCAAAAAAGAUUAUGUAGAAGUUUAUCAGAACUAAAAGAUGCUGUCUUGGACCACUAUUCAAUGUGGGGAGGCAAAUUUGGAGUGUUGCUUUUUCUGUAUUCUGUAUUACUCACAAAGGGCAUUGAAAACAUAAAAAAUGAAAUAGAGGAUUCAAAUGAACCUUUGAUAGAUCCUGUAUAUGGACAUGGCAGCCAAAGUUUAAUUAACCUCCUACUGACGGGACAUGCUGUUUCUAAUGUAUGGGAUGGUGAUAGAGAAUGCUCAGGAAUGAAACUUCUUGGUAUACAUGAACAAGCAGCUGUAGGAUUCUUAACAUUAAUGGAAGCUUUAAGAUACUGUAAGGUUGGUUCUUACUUGAAAUCUCCAAAAUUCCCUAUUUGGAUUGUUGGCAGUGAAACUCACCUCACCGUAUUUUUUGCCAAGGAUAUGGCUUUAGUUGCCCCAGAGGCACCUUCAGAACAGGCCAAGAGAGUUUUUCAAACCUAUGAUCCAGAAGAUAAUGGAUUUAUACCUGAUUCACUUCUAGAAGAUGUGAUGAAAGCGUUGGACCUUGUUUCAGAUCCUGAAUAUAUAAAUCUCAUGAAGAAUAAAUUAGAUCCAGAAGGAUUAGGAAUCAUAUUAUUGGGUCCAUUUCUUCAAGAAUUUUUUCCUGAUCAGGGCUCCAGUGGUCCAGAGUCCUUUACUGUCUACCACUAUAAUGGAUUGAAGCAGUCAAAUUAUAAUGAAAAGGUCAUGUAUGUGGAGGGGACCGCAGUUGUUAUGGGUUUUGAAGAUCCCAUGCUCCAGACGGAUGACACUCCCAUUAAACGCUGUCUCCAAACCAAAUGGCCAUACAUUGAAUUACUCUGGACCACAGAUCGCUCUCCUUCACUAAACUGAUUUGCUCAAGUAUUUAUUAUAAGGAAGAUUGUAGCAGAUGUUGAAAGAGUGAUGCAAGACUGGCGAUUGGCUAAAUUAUGCUAUACACUGGUAUCGUUGAUUAACUGUAAAUAACAAUUAAAAACACAUUUUCAGUAUUUAAGAAAUGUUUAAAUUAUUGUUUUAAAGCUUUAUGUUAAAGGUCCCCUAUUUUAUGUGAAAUUUACUAGCAAAAUUAAACUUUAAAGUUUAUCACUUUGCAGCCUGACAAUGGGUCAGUUAUCAAAUUACAAACAUAGUACUAUAGCAUUUGUAAAUUGAGUAUCAAAGUUAUUUAUAAAUUUCUCCUUUGGGAUUUUAUUUCAUUCAGGCACAUUUUAUUGUUUAAACAUUUCUGGCUUCAGCCUCCACACUGAAAUGCAGAAGAGUUCAUCUUUGUUAUUUCUCUUCUACAAUCUGGUUUCCAUUAGAACAAAUUACCAACCUGGAUACUUUGACAACUGACUUAGCUCUAGCAUGUUUAUAGAAAGUAGAAACUAUAAGGGAACAUUACAAUUUAUUCACAGAUAGAAGAGGAUGGAUUUUUAAAAAUAAUAGGAAAGAGAAUCUGUCUGAUAGUCUUAACACUGUUAACUUCCACUGUAUUGCCAAAUACACUUUUCCAAAUUUGUCCCAACAGCCUUCUAAGCCAGCUCUCUUGUGUAUUUAUAAAUGUGAUAAAUGCAUGAGAACAUCUGUUAUUAUAUUAGUAUAUUGCAUUAUUUAUGAUCCUAGUGGAUGGACUGAAUAAACACUUUUCUUUCUUUAACA